AUGGGCAAAUGCUGCAAGUGCAACGGGAGGCUUCUGUGCAUGUGCUUGCUUCCCUGCAUGAUGACUUGCCACCUUCUGAUUUACAUCAUGGUCACCAUAUUCGUCACCAUCUCCUACAUCCCCCCAAAAAUAUCCCUCCAUUAUAUUGCUCCGGGGAUUUCCGCAAACUCCGGUGCUUUGGCCUCUCACCCUCUCAGCCCCUUCUGGAACCUUCAUCUGGAGAACAGUGCAUUGUGGAACCAGUUGCAGCACUCCUUGGACCGUCAGCAUAACCCCAUACUGCGAGGAAAUGCUACCGGGACUCUGAGGAAGCCCAAAGCAAAGCUGUCAAGUCAAAUUGGAGAGGAAUGCCUCUCUGACUGUACGUCACACAAGUGUUCAGAAGCUCGUCGGUAUGAUGUCAGCAACAUGCCAGAACAAAUGAGAGCAUUUGUCAGGUCAAUGCACUGCAGGAGCUACCCAAUCCUUAUCAAUCAGCCCACUACUUGUAAAAGGAACACGACUAAAUCUGGUGGAGAGUAUCCAAUGCUCCUCAUGGCCAUCAAAUCUCAAGUGGGGAACUUUGAAAACAGGCAAGCCAUCCGUGAAACAUGGGGCCGCAAUGGUUUGGUGAAGGGGGAGUCGAAUAAAAAAGGUGAAUUUGUGCGUACUGUGUUUCUGCUUGGAAGGCAGGACUCCAGUACGGGGCCUCACCCGGACUUGAAAAACUUCCUGGAGCUUGAGAACCAGAAAUACGGCGACAUCCUCCAGUGGGAUUUCAGAGAUACUUUCUUUAACCUGACUCUGAAAGACCUGCUGUUCUGGCAUUGGCUUCAGCAUUACUGCCCCACAGCUGUGUUCAUCUUUAAAGGGGAUGAUGAUGUCUUUGUCCGAACUGGUGCUCUACUGGAUUACUUGCACAAGCAACGGCAGGAGCACAACCUGCGGAGAGCUCUUACGAAUAAAACUCACAUCGAUUUAUUUGUGGGGGAUGUCAUCAGUAAUGCAAUGCCAAACCGGAAUCCAUCUACUAAAUACUACAUCCCAGAAAGUUUCUAUAAAGGCUCCUACCCAGCGUAUGCCGGAGGUGGAGGGGUGGUGUAUUCCGUCUCGCUUGCAUUACGACUAAAAGAGGUGUCCAAGAGAGUGCGCCUCUUCCCAAUCGAUGAUGUUUACUUGGGAAUGUGCUUGCAGAGACUUGGGCUCUCUCCAAGCCAUCACCCAGGGUUUUUAACAUUUGAUCUCCCAGAGACAGACAGAGGGAAUCCCUGUGCUCACAAGUCUGUGCUGCUUGUUCACAGACGAAGUCCCAAAGAGAUGUUAGCUUUAUGGCACCAGUUGCACAAUCUGCCCGCUCACUGCUGA